UUUUUAAUUAUCAGAUGUAUGCAAUGUUUCAACUGUUCAUGUUUUGGUUUAUAAAAUUCUUAAGAGACUAUUGAAUUUUACUGCUUUGUAAAAAUCCAAGCUACGGAUUUUUUGAAUAGAAAACAAAAUUUGAACACAAUGGAAUGCAUAGAAUUUUCUUAUUACAAAUCAUGCAUGCUGGAAUAUGUGGGAUAAUUUUCUUUUCUUCAACAGUCACUGACUUUUUGAACAAGCAAGUGAAAACAAAAAGAUACAUAAAAGAAGAAUAUGUACAUACUUAAAUAAAAGCAUUAAUAUUUUCGAGAAUAAUCUCAUCGUAAUAAAUGCCAUUUGCAUCACGAAUAAAGUAACUGUAUUCUCAGAGUAUGUUAAGCCUACUUACGAAUGGGAUGCAUUUUAUAUACUAUGGAUGCAAGAUGGAAGAUAUCGCUUACAAGAUUAGAAUCUUUAUUUUUUUAUUGUGAAAAUGGAAAUAAUGUCUUAGGAAAACUACAUACUAUAUGCUAGUGUUUUAUUCACAGUAACAAUGAAAACGACUGGUUAUAAUAGUUCAACCAGUUGGUUAGCUUUAUUUGCUUGUUCAGUCGUAGUCUUCUUCAUGUCAAUGCCAAUGCGAUUAUCUGGAUUAUUUUUUGUGAUUCUUCUAGAUGGUUACAAUACAGACAGAAAGAAGGCGUCAGUACCCAUAGUUAUUUUCGGCGUAUUAAGGACGUUAACAGGGCCUUUUAUAGCAGUUUUAGGAGAAAAGUUUGGUUUUCGAGCUGUUACUCUAACGGGAUGUAUUUUUGGUGCCAUAGGAAUGGGAAGUUGCUAUUUUGCUGAGGAUAUUAACACAGCUACAGUUUGCAUUGGUUUAGUUUACGGUAUGUUUUAUCUCAAAUAAUUACUAUUGAUUCAAACAAAUUUUUUUAGCCACUAAAGAUGUCGUUAAGGAUUAAAAUAAGUUUAAAAAACUAAGUUCUCAAAAAAGUUAGACAA